GGGAUGAGAGAGAAUGAGAGAAUGAGAGAAUGAGAGAAUUGGACAAAAGUUAGUAGUUGGAGGAAGAAAGGUUCACACGCAUAAGUACAUAACAUAACAUACCACACUCAUUUUAUUAAUUGCUUUCUUCUGUUCUUGGCUACUAAUGAACUGAUCCCAAAGAUUAGGGUAAUGAGAGGUCGAAUUUUACAGCAAUGGUGCAUGUUUCUCGUGCUCCUUUUAAUGGCGGAUUUCGCCAUUACAACUACCUUGUUCGAGCCGUUCAACGUCACCUAUGAUCACCGGUCACUAAUCAUCGCCGGUCACCGUCGCAUGCUCAUUUCCGCCGGAAUCCACUACCCUCGCUCUACUCCUCAGAUGUGGCCUGAUUUGAUUGGCAAGGCCAAGGAAGGAGGUGUAGAUGUGAUUGAAACAUACACCUUUUGGAAUGGACAUGAGCCUGUAAGAGGACAGUAUCAUUUUGAAGGGAGAUAUGAUCUUGUCAAGUUUGUGAAGCUAGUUGGGUCAAGUGGACUCUAUCUCUUCCUUAGAAUAGGACCCUAUGUAUGUGCAGAGUGGAAUUUUGGGGGCUUUCCUGUGUGGCUGCGAGACAUUCCUGGCAUUGAGUUUCGAACAGAUAAUGAACCUUUUAAGGAGGAGAUGCAACGGUUUGUGACGAAGAUUGUAAAUUUAAUGCGAGAGGAGAUGCUUUUCUCUUGGCAAGGAGGCCCAAUAAUAUUGUUGCAGAUUGAGAAUGAAUAUGGAGAUGUUGAAAACUCAUAUGGGAAGAAAGGACAGAACUAUAUUAACUGGGCUGCGAACAUGGCUCUUGGGCUUGGUGCUGGUGUCCCAUGGGUAAUGUGCAAACAAACUGAUGCACCUGAGCUCAUUAUUGAUACCUGCAAUGGCUACUACUGUGAUGGCUUUAAGCCAAAUUCCAACAAGAAGCCUAUCUUUUGGACUGAGAAUUGGGAUGGAUGGUACACUACUUGGGGUGGAAGAUUACCUCAUAGGCCCGUUCAAGAUCUCGCAUUUGCAGUUGCUCGCUUUUUCCAACGAGGCGGUAGCUUACAAAAUUAUUACAUGUAUUUUGGUGGAACAAAUUUUGGGAGGACAGCUGGGGGUCCUUUCUAUAUCACAAGUUAUGACUAUGAUGCCCCCAUUGAUGAAUAUGGUCUUUUAAGUCAGCCAAAGUGGGGUCAUUUGAGGGAUCUGCAUGCUGCAAUCAGGCUUUGUGAACCUGCUUUAGUUGCAGUUGAUUCUCCUCAUUAUAUCAAGCUGGGACCUAUGCAGGAGGCUCAUGUUUAUCACAAAAGAGGAAAUGGAAGGAGGUCAAGAUUAAGUGAUUCUGGAGAUGAAAAUAGGUGCUCGGCCUUUCUAGCUAAUAUUGAUCAACAUAAUGCGGCUUCGGUGCAUUUUCAAGGUCACACGUACAAGUUACCUCCUUGGUCUGUCAGUAUAUUACCAGACUGUCAGAAUGUGGCUUACAACACUGCCAAGGUCGGGGCUCAGACAUCAAUCAAAGAACUAGAGUCUGAUGCACCUAAUGUUUCGAACAAAUCUGUCAGCCAAAAGUUAUUGCGUCAUGAUGGGUCAUCUUAUGUUUCAGAAAGAUGGAUGACAGUAGACGAGCCUCUCGGGAUAUGGAGUGAUCACAAUUUCACUGUACAAGGCAUCCUGGAACACUUAAAUGUGACAAAGGACUCCUCUGAUUAUCUUUGGUACUUUAUCAGAAUAUAUGUUUCGGGUGAAGAUGCAUCAUUUUGGAAAGAAGAUGGAGUCCAUCCAGCUCUUUCAAUUGAUAGCAUGCGUGAUGUGGUGCACAUUUUUGUCAAUGGCCAACUUGCAGGUAGUGGAGUUGGUCGUUGGGUAGAGGUCACACAGCCUGUUAAAUUGCUGGAAGGUUAUAAUGAUGUGGCAUUGUUGUCUCAGACAGUGGGUCUGCAGAAUUAUGGUGCUUUCUUGGAGAAAGAUGGAGGUGGAUUCCGGGGUCAAAUUAAGCUUACAGGACUGAAGAGCGGGGAUAUGGAUCUGUCAAACUUAUCGUGGACAUACCAGGUUGGCCUGAAAGGUGAAAUGCAGGAAAUAUACACAUUAGACGGAAAUGAGAAGGCCGCUUGGGUUGAUUUGGCGACUGAUGGAAUUAAAUCCCCUUUAAGCUGGUACAAGACCUAUUUUGAUGCUCCUGACGGGCUGGAUCCAGUUGCUCUCGAUUUAAGUAGUAUGGGUAAAGGCCAGGCUUGGAUUAAUGGCCAUCAUAUAGGAAGGUAUUGGACUUUGUCCUCUCCACAAGAUGGAUGUCAAAAGCCUUGUGAUUAUCGUGGAAAAUAUGAUUCAGGCAAGUGCACAACAAACUGUGGGAAGCCUACUCAAGUGAGAUAUCAUGUACCACGCUCAUGGCUACAGGAAACAAAUAACUUACUGGUUGUCUUUGAAGAGACAGGAGGAAAUCCAGUUGAGAUUUCAUUAACAGCACAUUAUACACAACUCAUUUGUGCUGGUAUAUCAGAAUCUCACUAUCCGCCACUUUCGAGAUGGGUGAAUCAUGGUUCUGUAGACGAACAGAUCUUGAUCAAUGAUACGACACCUGAAAUGCAUCUUCAUUGUGAAGAUGGACAUGUAAUCAAUAUAGUUUUUGCCAGCUAUGGGACCCCAAAGGGUAGAUGUCAAGAGUAUUCAAAAGGAAGUUGUCAUGCACCAAAGUCGUCGGACGUGGUUUCUAAACUCUGCCAAGGAAGACAGACUUGCUCCAUUAGAGUUUCUAAUGCCGAAUUUGGUGUUGAUCCAUGCAGAGGGGUUGUUAAAACCCUGGCUGUUGAGGCAAAAUGUAUAUCAUCGUGGGUUGCAGGGUUCUCAUCUGUCUAGAAAUGCUGCGUAUUCUGUAAUUAUGACCUUUGUAUAUUAGCAUUAUACUAUUUUUUUUGAAGCAAAAAUGCAUCUUAUUUUAUGGAUUUCUAUAUGAAUGCAUCUCAUCUUAUGUAUUUCUACAUGGUGUAAAUUGAUGACUCUUAUAGCUUACGCACUGCCACAUACAAGUUUUAGAUUUC